AUGGAAGGCUCCAAUGGCUUUGGGAUUGACUCCAUUCUCUCCCACCGAGCGGGCAGCCCCGCCCUUCCCAAGGGGGACCCCUUGCUUGGGGACUGCCGUUCACCCCUGGAGCUAAGUCCACGCUCAGAGAGCAGCAGCGACUGCUCUUCGCCAGCCUCACCUGGAAGAGACUGUCUGGAGACCAGUACCUCGCGGCCCGGUGCUGCAUCUGGCCCAGGUUUGGACUCUCACCUGCAGCAGGGGCAGCUUUCAGCCCCAGCCCAGUCGCGAACCGUCACCUCCUCCUUUCUGAUCAGGGACAUCCUUGCUGACUGCAAACCUCUCGCGGCCUGUGCACCCUACUCGAGCAGCGGGCAGCCUGCAGCCCCUGAGCCUGGGGGCCGCCUUGCGGCCAAGGCCGGGGAGGACUUUCGCGACAAGCUGGACAAAAGUGUCAGCAGCGCCUCGUCGGACUCUGAGUACAAAGUGAAGGAGGAGGGCGACCGCGAGAUCUCCAGCUCUAGGGACAGUCCCCCUGUGCGCCUGAAAAAGCCACGAAAAGCGCGCACCGCCUUCACCGACCAUCAGCUGGCGCAGCUGGAGCGUAGCUUCGAGCGGCAAAAAUACCUGAGUGUUCAAGACCGCAUGGAGCUGGCUGCCUCGCUCAACCUCACUGAUACACAGGUCAAGACCUGGUACCAGAACCGCAGGACUAAAUGGAAGCGACAAACGGCCGUGGGGCUGGAGCUGCUGGCGGAGGCAGGCAAUUACUCGGCGCUUCAGAGAAUGUUCCCGUCGCCUUAUUUCUACCCACAGAGCCUCGUUUCCAACCUGGACCCGGGUGCCGCGCUCUACCUGUACCGCGGCCCCAGCGCGCCUCCGCCUGCCCUCCAGAGACCUCUGGUGCCCCGUAUCCUCAUCCACGGACUCCAGGGCGCCAGCGAGCCGCCCCCGCCGCUGCCCCCGCUGCCCGGCGUCCUCCCGCGCGCCGCGCAGCCUCGGUGA